AUGGCAGCACAAGACCUCUACAACGAAAUUCUGAAAAAAGUACUGGAAUUUGUCCAGACAAACUUGGACAGAUUGGCCACCGAAGCCAAAAUGACAAACGACAACUAUGACGAAACAAUGAAGAUCCUGAGGGAAAACUUCAGCCUAAAUUUUGCCAGGCGAAGGGGCAGAACUGAAAACGCAGAGCCAAGACGUCAAGGGCCGACCAGAGGAAGGAACGAACAAAGAAACGAAAAGAGAAACGAAGGAAGAAACGAAGAGGGAAACGAAGGAAGAAACGAAGGAAGAAACGAAGAGGAAGAAAGCCCAGAAAACCAUGAAUAUAAAAGAGAUGAUUCUGAAGAAGAAAACCCGAGAGAAGCGCCCAGAAACGGCACGAACCAGGACGACGCCCGGAGCGGGCUCUAUUCUAAAAGAGAGGAGCGAAGGAGAAGAAAAAGGAGGAUGCGCCACCAAAAAGCAAGAAACAGGGCAAAGAUGCAGGAAAAGCGCAAUAAAAAAAAAAACACCCGGUGGGAGAGGACGAAUCCUCGGAAUCACCCCAGAAAAGUAAAGCUACAUACAUCGUCCAAGAGGACUUGGAGGAAAAGAUUGCCAAGACAUUAA